CUCCACAAAAACCUCAUAACUUCCACAGUGAUGCCUUUGUAGCUGAAGCUGUGGAAGCCCAGCCUUUCUCUGCACUCAACCCUUCCAAAGAGCGACCUCGCUCCACCUCUGCAUCAUCCUGUGAUCAUCCUCUCCACUUUUCUGCUUCCACUGAAAAGUCUCACUCAGUUUCAUUAAGAUCUUCCUCACAUGUAGCUGCUGCUGCCAGAUCACCCAAAGCUCGGCCCCUCUCUAUGGGGGACUUGGGUUCUGCACUUACCAGACCCAGCAGCCUCCCAUCUGCCCCAGAGAGAGCAUCCUGGCAGACUGAAUGGAGGCCUCCUAAGUCCCAGGCUCCACUAGCACAGCCUGCUCUUUCUUCUAAGUUUCAGCAUGUUGCUACUUAUUAUCCUGGGCAAAUGGCAGAGCUGCAGAAAACACAAGGAUUACAGAUGACAUCUUCAUCCUCUUUGCCUCCUGCUCAGACUGUGGAUCAGAAYGGACAGGGAGAUGGACCCUAUGAUGCCUCCCUGACAGUAGAGAACUCCACAUUUAGUCCUUUAGGUUCUUUUUCUGGCACUCUGUCCUCUGGGCCUUCUCAACAGGCAGAUAUAUCCCAAACAGCUGCUCUCUGUCCUGAUAGACAGGAUGCAGAAUUCAGGAGACAGCUGGACACGCUUUGUGAAGAGGACAGCCCAUGUGUGGCACCUYCAAGCUUUGACCCCAGAACAUCUGCCAACCACAAGACAGACGUGUCUCAGGAUUCAGAGGGGAAAACAUCAGCAACAGUUGGACAUGAGARAAAUAUAUCAGCAGGAAACAUGCGUUGCAGAAUGUGGCACUCAGUUCCUGACAUGCCAUUAUUGUUGACUGUUAGUGAAAGCCCUGUGAGGCAAAACCUUACUGGAGAGAAAAGUACUGUUGUAUCAGAAACAGAGAGGAAUAAACUCACAGUGGACAGUCAUGGGUUCAUGUCCUCAGAGAAACCAGAUCAUAUUUUUACUUUAGAUUCAUUGUCUUGCUCUGCUCCUGGUCAAACACAUGGAGAUGAGACUGGAAAUAACAACUUGGUUUUACAACAAUCUCUGUGCCCAAUUCUCACUGACGCAACAGAACUCCUCCAACCUCAAACUCAAAAUACAACUUCUGAGCAUCAGUUACCAAAUCCUCCCACAGCAAGAACUGAACUGUUACUGGAUCCUAAAGUGACAACAGAAAGCAGUCCUUUAGUUUGGGAGGAAAUUCACUGUGAAACUACAGAGGAAACCACAAAAGCACUAGAUACUGAGCUGGUAAAAGAAACAGCUGGUACAGAUCCAUCAUCUGGUAUUUUCAUGAUAUUACACAUCAAUGAUGAUGAUGAUUACAAUAAAAUGAAGUCAGAAAAAGAAGCUGGCUUAGUAGGCAUGUUGCCGUCAUUCCAAACUGUGAGUGGCACAUUUGAUUCUUCAACUGUUAUAAAACAAAUAAUUCAAUCCUCUCUGGAUGGUGAAGAUGCUUCAAAAAAACAAUCAGAGGAUUAUGAAACCUUCAGCACUGAGUGUGAUGUCCAACUACAUGAUCAUGUGAAGCAAACGGUAGGCAAUGCCUGUCCCUGCCCUGGUGAAGAACAUGUUUCUGAAUAUGCACAGCUUGAAUUUUACAACAAACAUACUUUACUGGAAACCUGUUCCAGAAUUACAAACAUUGCAGGAAUGCCAUCAAAAUUACCCGGAAAUGAAGAAAAACCCUGGCCAAAAGAACAAACAAUAAUUUGGAGGAAACAGUUGCAAAUGGACAUGUUACCAAAACAUGCACCAGAAGAUGAUCUAAACCAUCUAAACCAAAAUGAAAUGGCUCUACUCACACCAUCUUGUCCAAAGGAGGCUAUGAGUCCAGGUUUUCCAUCUCUUUCACAAGUGUGCCUAAAUAUUUUUCAAUUUUUUAAAAAUCCACAAGAGACAUCUGUUUCAGACAUUACAAACGAAGAUGAACCAUUCACACCUCAAGAACUUCUUUUAGCUAAAAAUAUUGAAACUGAACUUUGUGUCAUGGCAGUGUCAGUAAAAGAGGAAAAUACAAUUAAACUAAAGAUUCCUGCGAAACAGAGUUUCUCAAAUGAUUCUUACAAUCCAGGUGUAAUGACUGUUCUACAACCCACUGUAGGAUGCCACAGAUCAGACAAUAUUGCAAUUUUAAGUUCUUAUCCGAAGACCUCACCAAUUGAAGGCAUUCCAUCCUUAGUGCAAAAUAAUUUUACCCAGAAUUGGGCAACAAAUUAUGAACCCACAAUAAUAAAAAAGCCAAAAAGAAAUGCAGUUAUUGAAAACCCACUCUGUGAUUAUGAAGUGAGGAUCAUGACACUUUUAGCCCCAACUUGUCCUAAACAAGCUUGUACAUCUGGAUUUCCAUCUGCCUUGACACCCACACUAAUUUACAAUAGGUCCAGUAGCAUCAAUGCUCUUCCAUCUUGCCCAGCUGUCUCUACAAUAAUUGGCUUUCCAUCAAUACAGAAAGCUGACAGCAAAGACUGGAAACCCAUUCAUCAGCCACUAUGGGGAAAAGUUGUUAAAGAGACUGUUUUUCUACUACAGAAAUAUAAAAUGCAGGAAGAUGCAAAAGGUGUUUUUCUUGCACCAACUUGCCCGAGGCAAUCACUCAUCCCUGGCUUUCCGUCUUUUCCGAAAGCCAAGAAUAAUAUUAGCACAAUAAGUAUGGUGAGUCUGUCCAGCUCAUGUUCAGAAGUUUCACAGAUAGCAGGAUUUCCAUCAUUUCAUUCUACCAAACGGUGGACAACAAGCAAAAAGCCACUCUUUGAGCCAAGAGUGAUAGGCAAGCACAAAUUACUAAAUGACCAAUAUAAGAGAGGUAAGAUGACAAUGAAAGGAAUAGUAUUUCUUGUACCAUCCUGUCCCAAAGUAUCAAGUAUUAAAGGUUUCCCAACUAUUCCGCAUCCCAAAAUUGAGUAUUAUGGACCAAAUAUAGUCAACCUCCUUCCUCUGUGCCCCAUUUUUUCAGCUACACCAGGACUUUCAUCAUUGGAAAGGCAAAAGGGAGAAAGAUGGACUUCUGACCAGGGUUCACUGAUGUACAGGCCACAAAAGAUUAUUCAGCACAGUAUUGAUUCCUCACUGGUUUACUUAGAUAAACCAAAAUACAUGACACUUUUGACUUCCACUUGCCCAAGGGAGUCUGUGAUUGUAGGCUGUCCAUCUGUUGGUCAGUUCAAGAUGCCAGCUGUUUGUUCAGAACAUUCUUCCUUUGAAGGGGCACCAAAAUUUCAGUUGCCUUCUAAACCUCUUGUCUCAUAUAAUGAAACUUCAAAGACAACAGUUUAUUUGACAGAAACUUUAAACCAAGAUGACAAAACAACAAAGACCGUAAAUGCCUUGGAACCAUCUUUCCUUGAGCCUUCCAGAAUCAGAGCAUCCUUCAGACCUGAACAUAAAUCCAGUUUAGAACCUGAUAUGGUUAGUUUUGUACCUUGCUGUUCCAGUGCUUCUCAUAUCAAUGGAUUUGCAUCUUUGAUGGCAGUCUCAUGCACAGAAUGGUUUAAUGAAACAAAACCAGUUUAUGUGAGAACUCAGGUCAGACAUUCAAUUUUGAUUGCGCUUUCUGGACCAAAGCAGCUGGAUUACUUCAACAGAAAAUGUAUGGUGACUUCAGUGAUAUCCUGCCCAAAAAAGACCAGAGUAUAUGGACUUGCUCAAAAAUCAAACAGAUCACUAGACAUGAUCAGCUCAUACGCCUCCUUUCCAUGUACUUCAUAUAUCCCAGGAUUCCCAUCAGCAAGAAGGAAUAGCUCUGAGUGUACACAGGAACAAACCUGGGCAACAAAUAACAAGAUCUUGUUUGAGAAGCAGCUAAAAGAAAACCUUUUUAUUGCGAAUUUUCCUUCAAAACCAUAUCUUAAACAGCCUGAAAAGAAGUAUAUGGUAGCAAUGGCUUCAUCAUGUCCACGCCUGUCACAGAUUCCUGGUUUCCCAAGUUAUUUGCAAUCAAACAAAUUGCAUACUGUCUGUAUUCCACUGUCUGUUUCUGCUGGGAGACAUGCUUUACAAGAACUACCACAUGCACAAUCAGAUCUCAAAGAUGCAAGUGUUUGUGGCAUUUCUUCAUCCUCUGUUAGGAGCCAGCACACAGAGCUUACAUGUGAAGAAAAAGAUGAUACACAACCAAAUACAGAUGUUUAUCUAGAUAAUGGGAAAUCUCAAAUAGAGAAAAUAAAAAUGAAGGAAGUCGAGACAGUGAAGAAAUCAUUGYAUACAUCAGGGACGGUGGGAGUCUUUGGAUGGGAGAUACUGGAGGCAGAGAAAACACUAUCAGAAAAACAAGAAAAGCAUUUUCUGUCAGCAAAGACAGAAGAAACAUCUGGAUUAGUAAAAGCUAUUGUUGAUGUUUUUCAUAAGGGUUAUGAAACUGUGGCAUCUGUUCUGGGGCCAUCUAAUUCUGCUUUAGCUGAGGUCGAUCAUCAAGUCACUUCAUCUUCUGUGCAUCAAAAAGAAAGAAUGAGUCCUUCGAAUGGGUUUAAUCAACAUUUUACUAAUAGUAGUACCCUUCCACAGAAAGUAGAGGUGAAGUUUGAGAAUGUUCAAAUGAAACAUGAUGCUGAAUAUUCAACAAGUGUUGAGUCUUACAUGUGGGACUUAAUGGAUGACCAGUCAGUCUUUUCAUUGUCAAGUACUGACAGUGAUGACAAGCUUUUUGUUUCAAGUAUGAAGAAACAGCUACCAUUGUCUCAGACAGACACAAGGGAAAUAUUAAAAGAUGAUGAACAAGUAAAGCAACAAGAGGCUUCUCCUGGGCAACAACAUAGAAAAGAGACAUUGUCGAUGGGGCAGGACUUUGUAUAUACUUCAGUGUGCCUGGAAAGCUUGAAAGCAAGUCAUCUGGCUGGUUUAAAACAGGAACACAUAAACAGAAUGUUGUCUUCCUCACAACCAGAGCAAGGCCCAGAACAAACAAGAUUGAAAGAUCUAUCUGCAACUUCUCUUCAGCCUACAUCAAAUGAAUCACUUCCAGAUACCAUCAAACACAGGGAAGCACCAUUGAAUGUACAUUUGCAUAGGUCUUUAGAUGAUCAAGAGAACUGUGCAAUAGAACAAGCUGGCGUUGCUGGUUCUCAGCCAGACAGGAGGCCAAAAAGAAAUGGUCAACCUGAGCCAGGAGAGUGUGAUCAAGAGAAACAUGCUGCUCCAAUAAGACCAUGCAGAAAGAAAGAUAGUUUAACAUCAGACCAAAAACUGGAUCAUUUUUCUCUUAUGCCCAUCUCUGAAGUUAUUUCAGUUCAAAUCGAAAUGAAGGAUGCUACUUGUGAGAUUCCUAUAGAGUCAACCACCAAUCCUACUCUUCUUCAUACAAUUCCACCUUUGGAAACUAAAGAAAUAAAACACGAUGAGCACACUUCCUCUCUUUCAGUCUUCAAGAAGAGACAUCUUCCAAAACAAGCAAGGAAAGCUGACAGAUCUAACGAUGACAAAGAAACUGCUGCUCAGGAUUUAAAUGUUUCAGAUGAAGAAUUUGUUCAACCAAUCCAGUUCAACAACACAACACUGGGGGAUAUGAAGGAACCUAAGCAGCCAGUUGGUAACACAUCCAUUGAUGCAUCCAGCAUCUCAUCCAAAGUGGCAGAAGACAUACUUGGAGGAGGACAGAUAGAACCAGCCAAGCAAACAACUAAUCCAGUUCCAAGGCCUCGUUUAAAGAAAAGUCUUCGAGAGUCCUCCACAGAUAAUUGCACAUCUACAGUGACAGCAUCUCAGACAUCCCAUUGUGAGAAAGUACAAACAGAGGAACGUGCUUUCUUGUCAGUUCUAUCAACAUCUGAUCAGUUAUCAGUAGUAGAACAAAGUGAACCACUCUUUGAUCUUCAGGCUAAAUUUUCUACAGCUGUGGCAGGCAUUGGUGAGAAACUGAGCCGUACACCUGCCCCUUGCAUGGAACGUUCAGCAUCAUUACAUCUUAAAGUGACCCCUAAAGGAGGUUUGGUUCCAAUGCAUGGUGACAAUGCAUUGCAGGUGGAAAUGGAAGUGCUAGAAGCAAUGCAAGAAGUAUUUACCGUGGAGGAUACCGCAGAGGUUCAGGAUCAAACAUUUCAAUAUUUGGCAUUAACAAAUGAACCAUCUAUUACCAAUAAAUUGGAGAACAAUGACAUUGGAAAUUUCCUGGAACAAGAUGUAGAAAGGUUUGGUACAAUCACUGUUCCAUCUCGUCAGGAUGAGUGGCUGCACAUUGAGCCUAAAAAAGACAUUGAAGAAAUGAAAAUAUGCCCAAGUAGCGAAGUGAAGGAUGAAGAGUUCGGCUUUGGCUUUGUGUCUGUCAAUGUAGCUGCUGAUUGUUCAGAAAAUCAAAGGCUUUUGGAACAAGGCAAAGAAUCCCCAGCUCAGCCUGUACCUGUUCUACGAGGAAAAAAACGUUUGAGUGGUUCUUCCUUAAAUGACACAAAGAAACAAGUUGGUGCCUUUCAACAAGCCAGUGAACCGAUAACUCCCCAGAAAAGACCUGCAGAUGGGGCUACUGCUUUGGAUAGUCCUGUCUUGGUGAAAUCCAGUCAGUCUCUACUAGAGUGGUGUCAGGAGGUUACACAGGGUCACAAAGGAGUGAAAAUCAACAACUUCAGUACUUCCUGGAGGAAUGGCCUGGCAUUCUGUGCUAUUUUACAUCACUUCCACCCUGAGAAAAUAAAUUUUGAAAUAUUGGACCCUUAUGACAUCAAACACAACAACAAGAAGGCCUUUGAUGGUUUUGCUGAACUUGGCAUUUCCCGGUUGAUGGAGCCUUCAGACAUGAUCCUCCUUGCAGUGCCUGACCGCCUUAUUGUCAUGACCUACCUCAACCAGAUCCGCACCCAUUUCAUGGGCCAAGAGCUAAGUGUGCUUCAUAUAGAGAAGACCAGCAGUGAGUCUAGCUACGCAGUAGCAGGGAGCCGGGAGGAGCAGGAUGACCCAGAGGCAACAGUUCGCUACUGUACCAAGAGACUCCAGGAGGAAGGUAUAAGCCUGGAGAUGGUUGGAAGUGCAAGCCCAGAGGAGGAUGAUAGCAAAAGCAGUAAGGAGCUGGUUCCACCACCAAGAAUCAAACGCUUUCAAGUUCCCGGGCCAGGCGGAGGCAAACAUCCAGUGCCACCUCCAAGGACUCAUUUUCUGUCUAAGUCAGGCUUUUCUCAUGUCAGAGAUGCUGAUUUGGUGAAGAAGCGUCGGUCCCAGCGAAGGAGUAGUUCAGUGGAAGAGGGGGAUUUAUCAGUGGCUGGCACAGGACAAGACCGGGAGAAAUACGAAACUGAUAGAACAGAGGCUGUAGCAGAUGAAGAAAGACCAGAGGGUCAGGAUCCCAGUCAGUAUGUGCUGCAUCAGAUAGAAGCUCUGGAAGCAGAACAAGAUUACAUCGAUAGUAAUGCAAACACGGUGGAGAAGAAACUCCGACUGUUAAUGGAAACAGGCUGUGACAAAGUGGAGGAGGAGAGGUUGAUCCAGGAAUGGUUCACACUGGUCAACAAGAAGAAUGCUUUGAUCCGGAGGCAGGACCACUUGCAGCUCAUGCUGGAAGAACAAGAUCUGGAGAGAAGAUUUGAGCUGUUAACUAAAGAGCUGAGAGACAUGAUGGCAACUGAAGAGGGUCAGAAGUCUCAGGUUCAGAGACUCAGAGAGCAGCUAUUGCUCCAGGAGUUAGUGUCCCUGGUCAACCAGAGGGACGAACUGGUCCACGAUAUGGACGCCAAGGAAAGAGGAGCUCUGGAGGAGGAGGAGCGCCUGAAUCGAGGACUGGAGCAGCGGAGGAGGAAAUAUGCUAAACAACAGAAAGAGAAGUGUCUGAUGCAGUGACUCCAUCAGUAGAGCCACAAAACACUGACCCAGGACAGAGGGCAGAGCGAGGCAGGAGUCCUCUCUUACUUUGUGGUGAACAGACCUGAUCCAAGUCUGGGAUUGAACACAGGAGCUGAAUAUAUUUAAGCACUAAAAUAUAUAUGUGUAUAAACACUCCAGCAUUAACAGGAAAAUACAGGCUUCUGUUACAAAAUAAAUAGUUUUAACAGUGGGUUUAUCAAACUAACACUCAAGUUUACUUCGUUAAAGCACAGAAAAAGAGUGGAAAUGCUUUGUUUUUUAGGUCAACUUUACGUGAGUUUUCUUUGAAGCUUCUGCUUUGUUACUAUUUUUAAACUAYGCAAGCUUUGGGCUCCAUCCCAACUUUUCGUUGCUGCUGAACUGAACACGUUCAGACGGGUUUUAAUGAAUUUAUUGUGUGAGUCUCAGGAUUUGUCUGAGCAGCACAUUAAAACUUUAAAUGUGGAAGUUUGUGUCAGACACGAUGUAAAUGAGUUACACGAGGAAGAAAAGUCAGAAACAGCCUCCAUGUUGUCUGAGCUGAAAUGUUUGUCUUUGAAAAGAAAAUAACUUCUGCACUGUGCCUGAACCUGACAAGUUUGAACAUUUUAUGGAAAUGUUUGCAGUUUUUAUGUAGUUAUAUUUUACACUUUUGUGGUUUAAUGCCUCUGAAAAGAAUUGUUACUGAAAUUAUUUUUGUGUGUAGCUUUAAAUUUAAAUUGGAACUUUUUGAGAAGUUUGGAAAUACAAAAAUAAUGUUUUACCUUAUAUGUUGUGUAUGUUUUUGUGCUACAUUUCUAAAUGUAUGCUGACUGUGCAUCAACUGGACUUUUAAAUUAUGUUUGCUUCAUGUUUUAUUUUCCACACUUUAUCAAAUGAAUUAAUCUGUUUGAACUGAUGAUAAACCACAGGU